AUGCAAGGUAUGGAUCUCCAGGAAAACGAGCCUCUUGACGAGACCUUCAAAAUUGAAAGCAUGCAUCACAAAUCUCAGCCUGCGCGGAAGGCCGCAUUUGGGGGCUCGAAGCAGUUCACAUGGUACAACCUUGGAAUCUGCUUCCUGAUUUCCCUCGGUCAGCUGGCUUUCGGUUACAAUGCAUCAAUCAUCUCGACUACCAUGGGGCAACCAUCGUUCCUGCUUUACAUGAAGCUAGUAGACCCUGAGACCUUCCUCCCCACCAGCAGUGCGUCUUCAAUCGAAGGAGCAAUGUCAGGCAUUUUCUUUGCUGGGUCGGCCGUCGGUGCUCUCACUUCUAGCUACGUCAGUGACAGAUGGGGCCGCAAAAUUGGCAUCAUUUUUUGUUCUACCUUUGCCUUGAUUGGCGGGACUAUGUGUUGUGCAGCUCAGAACCCCGGCAUGUUCAUUGCCUUUCGCUUUCUAGUUGGCGUAGGUGCCAACGCAUUCGUCCCGGUGACGGGAGUAUAUACCUCUGAGCUUGCGCCACCAGCUUUGCGUGGUUUCUUCGGUGGGUUGAACGGGGUUCUGAUAUUAUCGGGCUAUUCUCUUGCUUCAUACAUGGGACUGGCGUUCUUCCACUCAACGAAUCCUGCGGCCCAGUGGAGAGCACCCUUAGGCCUCGCAUUGCUCUUUCCUGCACUCAUGCUCCUUAUGUUACCGAUCUUCCCUGAGUCUCCACGUUGGCUGCUGCUCAAAAAUAGACCCGAGGAGGCUGAGAGAGUUGUUCGGAGACUUCAUCGAGGUGGUCCCGAUGACGAGUUCUCUCGGAGCGAGUUUUAUCAGAUGCGUACACAGGCAGAGUACGACAGGGCCCAGAAUUCGUCCUGGAAGGAACUGUUCUCCAAACCCUCAUAUCGCAGACGAGCAAUUACUGUUAUGCUUAUUGGUGCCUUUGGCCAAGCAUCUGGUGUGAUAGUAAUCAACAAUUUCAGUCCCAUGAUUUACAGCUCCUUAGGAUAUGACACGGAGGAAACCUUGAUUCUGCUCUGCGGGUGGAUCACUGGUGGCAUAUUCGCUUCUUUGAUCGGUGCAUGGCUCAUGGACAAAUGGGGCCGUCGACCCAUGAUUAUUUUUGGGUUUGGAGGUUGUGUCGUGUGUCUGGUCGUCUUGGCCGCAAUAAUAGCUCGUUUUGCGACGCCUGUUCCAGAGAACCCGAACAGAGCGGCGUUGGGCACGGCAGUUGCGAUGCUAUAUCUCUUCAUUUGGAUAUUCGCUUCGACGCUCGACAACGCCCUGGUGGUCUACUUGCCUGAGCUUUUCCCCAACCACUAUCGGGCGAAAGGGAUGUCCAUAGGAGUCGCUUCUCUUGCCUUGACUGAUCUCGUCCUCCUCCAAGUUACACCAACAGCAAUGAGAACAAUUGGAUGGAAGUUCUACUUGGUCUUCAUUUGCAUCACUUCCGUGGCCUUUAUAUGGGCCAUUUUGGAGAUCAAAGAAACGAAAGGACUACCUCUCGAGGAAAUUGCUGCUCUGUUUGGUGAGGAAGAUCAGGUCGCAGUAUUCGCGGCAAACAUCCAUAUGGACCAUGCGAACCAUGAAGUGGUGGUGGAAGAGGUGGGUGACGUUGAUAACGUUGAGAAGGGCCAUGCCAAAGCUGUUGAAGGUAGGACUUCGUUGAGGGCUGACGACAAUUGA